CACCUCUUCAGCGUAAACGUCCUGCCAAAUAGUGCUCCCUAACAACAGACAAAGCUUGACACUGUGGAUUCAACUCAACACGCUUAAACUAAAGCGAUCCCCCGUCGCUCCUUCAAUGGGUCCCGACCGGCUUUCCAGGUGCAGAGCGUGAGGGCUUGAGCUGUGCAGACAUGUCGGGUCGCUCCGCCGCAGAGAUGGACGACUCGCAGGAGCUGCCUGAGCUGCCGACAAAGAAAGCCAAAAUUGAGAUUGAUGGCGGACUGGAGAAAGAACCAAGUAAUUUGGGAGACGACGGGAGCCCGGCUGCUGCUGUGCUGGGGCCGUCGGAGCAGGACGGCUCUUAUUCCGCCCUGUCCGCCGCUCAGCUCGAUGCAGGUGAACAGGAGCGGUCGAACGCAGACGGAGGGGCGCCGUCUCAGGCGUGCGGCGACUCUAUCAACUCGUACGCACAUUCAGGUACUGACUCUACCCCCACAUCUGGAUACACCCAGCAGGUUUAUCAGGAAAGCAACCCUGCGGUGACGUCCUACACCAGCCAGGUAGCCUUCCCUCCUCUGGCCCAGUCCACCGUGUACUCCGCCUUCCCCCAGUCCGGCCAGACCUACGGCCUCCCGCCCUUUGGUGCUAUGUGGCCAGGCAUUAAAACAGAGACAGGGCUGCCUGAGGCGCCCUCUGGUGGCCAGCCUGGGUUUCUCAGCUUCAGCACCGCAUAUACCUCAACGCAGCCAGGCCAGCUGCACUACUCUUACCCCAGCCAAGGCUCAAGCUUCACGACGUCCAGCGUGUACUCGAACAUCCCUUCAGCUACAGCCGUUACUACGGCCUCCACAGCGGUGGCUCAGCAGGAGUUUAGCAGCUACAACUCUCUGGGUCAGAAUCAGUUCUCUCAGUACUACGGCCUCCCUCCCAGCUACAUGCCGGCCGGGCUGCCCAGCAGCGACGAGCACAGCGCCGGCGUGGGCGUAGCCGGGUACUCGGCCGUGAAGUCGGAGGAGGCCGCCUCGGCUGGACUUCCUCCCAGAGACGCGUCGCCGCCUGAGAACCUCCCUGCAGGCGCGUCCCUUCCCACCAACGUGGCUCUGCCUCCCGGAGCCAGAGACCAGGACGAGGUCAGCCGCAGGAACUCGGUGGGCAAAGCCAAAGGCAAGGCCAAGAAGCCCGACACCUCCCCACCUCCUGAAAGCGACCUGGAGCGCAUUUUCCUGUGGGAUCUGGAUGAGACCAUCAUCAUAUUCCACUCCCUGCUCACCGGCUCGUACGCACAGAAGUUUGGCAAGGACCCGGCCACUGUGCUGAACCUGGGUUUACAGAUGGAGGAGCUGAUCUUUGAGCUGGCCGACACUCAUCUGUUCUUCAAUGACCUGGAGGAGUGUGACCAAGUCCACGUUGAGGACGUGGCCUCCGACGACAACGGACAAGACCUCAGUAACUACAACUUCUUGACCGACGGCUUUAACGGGCCCAGCGGCGGAGCUGCGUCAGGGGCCACCACGGGCGUCCAGGGAGGGGUGGAGUGGAUGCGUAAGCUGGCCUUUCGCUACCGCCGGCUAAAAGAGAUCUACAACAACUACAAAGGAAACGUUGGGGGUUUGUUGAGUCCCAUGAAGAGGGAUCUGCUCCUGAGGCUUCAGUCUGAGAUCGAGAACGUGACGGACGCCUGGCUCAGCACGGCGCUCAAGUCUCUGCUGCUCAUCCAGUCCAGGGGGAAGUGUAUGAAUGUGUUGGUCACCACCACUCAGCUGGUUCCCGCUCUGGCGAAGGUGCUGCUCUACGGCCUGGGAGACGUUUUCCCCAUCGAGAACAUCUACAGCGCCACAAAAAUAGGAAAAGAGAGCUGCUUCGAGAGGAUCAUUUCUCGCUUCGGGAAAAAAGUGACUUAUGUGGUGAUAGGUGACGGCCGAGAUGAGGAGUUUGCAGCAAAACAGCACAACAUGCCUUUCUGGCGAAUCUCCACCCACGGUGACCUGGUGUCCCUCCACCAAGCUCUGGAACUGGACUUCUUGUAGAGUGGAAGCUUUUUUGAAUGUCGUUCGCUAAAAGGGAAUUCUUUUUUUUUUUUGAAUUAUUUUGUUUUAUUUUAUUUUAGUUUUUGUCGUCAUGCUGGAGACUUGUGGAGUGAUGCUAUAGGAGAGGUUAUCAGAAUCUGCUCUCGCUGACGACUUGUGACUCACUGUGUGAUGGUAAACGUUUUGAGGCGGACUUUGGGUCGAAGCAGGAAAAAAAAACAAACAUAAAAAACAAACUGGACGCAUCAUCAUCGUGAGUCGGCUGAAUUAAGGUUCCUCUCACCCAGCACUCCCUCCUCGACGGCAGCUAACCUCACCACGGCUGAAACUGGCACUGAUUUACACACAGAAGACAUGACAUCCAUUAUUUUUCUUUUUUCUUUCUUUUUUUUUAUGUUAUUUAUCAAAAUGUCCUGCAGUGAACCCUUCUUUUCUUUAUCAGCCUUUGGGAUUGUCGCAGCUUUUUUUAUUUAGACUCUACAACUGAAUACUUGCCUCUCACGUAGCCGCCGGUUCACCUGACCCGACCAGCCUGAGCCACCACCACCGCGCCGCCGUCGUCAGUCAGUCAGUCAGUCAGUCAGCUGAUCGCUGACCGCCUCGUCACAAACGUACGGUCCUCUUUACACACACUCACACACACACAAACACACAACACGCUGUGGUUUGUGGUCUCUGAAUGUGGCCUAAACCGACACGUGAACAAGACCUUCCUGAAAAGACGGAGAGUAACAAGCCACGUGUCGGCAAAUGGGAAUAUUUCAGAUGCUAGUUUUGUGGUUUAAUAUUAUUGGAGUUAAAUAUAUAAAGAAAACUCUUGACAAUAUAUGUGUGUGUGUGUGUGUGUGUGUGUGCGUGUGUUAGUUAAAAUGACCCAAAACCCAAAUAUUCUCAUAAAGAAUAUCCAAACUAAUUAAAUUUUGAUAUUUUUGCUUUAACCUCCUGAGACCCUGCGUCCUCAUAUGGGGACGUUAAGUUUUAUUUUUUUUUGCAGCUUUUUCUGCUUCAUUUAAACCCGUUGUCCUCAUUAGUGGACGCUUUAGUCUGCGAUCUAGUAGUAGCAAAGGGUCAAUACACUAAUCAGCGUUAAAAAAACAACAUAAUUCAGGAUUCAGGACAGAAGUGAACGAGGUAGAAAACAUUGAAUUAGCAAGUACUCGUUUGAGGACGUUGGGACUUCGUUGUUCAGUUUUAUAUUUCAGGUCAUACUGAUCCCAAAUUUAAAACACAGGCCGAAUAAAAGCUCGGGUCUCAGGAGGUUGAAUAAAAAAGGUGCAGGUAAAUCAAAUAAAUGUGGUGUUUCAUUAAUUCGUCCACAAAGAACAGAAAAGAAACACAAGCGUCUUCAUUCGCUGCCAAUUCAACUUGCUGUGAAGCUAAAAGAAGCAGCAGCUAUUUCAUUUUAUCACGUGUCUUUACACUUCUCCUUUUAAUUUGUGUGGGUUUAGAAAUGACUUCAUGUCGGCUCACAGACAGCAUGUGUUUUCCAGGACGUGGAGGAUAAUAACUCCCUCAGAGGAUAUUAACUCCCUCAGAGCACAGUCCCCAAGUGUCCUUGACCUCCCGUAAGGAAAGGAAAGAUCUUGGAAAAGCAUUUGGAUCGAGUUCUGCCGACAUGCGACGUGUUUUUAUUUUAAAUUUUUUCGUCAAAUGACGAAAAGAUUUAGUAGAGACCUGUUAAAAGUUGUGUUUUUUGUUCCCUCUCAAAGGCAGAAACUAAACGCCAAAAGGAACUUAUUAUUUUAUGAUAUUAAAAUAAAGAAAAGACUAUUGAUCCGAACAAGCAUUAUUGAAGUUAAAUCAGCUCUGGUUAUACACCAGUAAGCCACAACAUUAUGACCACCUUCACCUCUGAGGGGAGGGGCCUCUGUGGAUCAUCCCACAGAUACUUGAUCAGUUUGGGAUCUGGUGAAUUUGGAGGCCAGGUCAGCACCUUGGGAUAUGAUGCAUGUUUGUUUUUCUUUUACUGAGCGUGGCAGGUGUCUGGUCUGGUCUGGUCUAUGUGGUUGCUACGUGACUAAGUAAUAUCCAUGUGAAUGAAUGCCAGGUCUAAGUAAAGGUUUCCCAAGCAGAGCAUUGGAUCGUCACAAGAUGCACAAUGUUAAGUCACCUGUCAGUGGUUUUAAUGUUGUGGCUGACAACAUUGAAAAUAGUCGGAAGACAAAUCAAAUAAUUUCUGAAUGAACCGGCCUCAUGAUGUAACGGAGUGAAGAGAAUCAGAGGAUGAUGACUGUGCAAUACAUUUCUACUUAGCUCAAUUUUUAUUUUUAUUUUUUUUUAUUAUUAUUUUUGUGGCGUGCAGACUGGGAGGAAACAUUUAGGUGGGGGGAGGGGGGGCGGGGGCGUGGUCGACGUCCUCCGCUCCGAGACGAGAUUACGACUGAACAAUACUGAGCCUGAAGAAGAUAUUUACACACAUGCAGCUUGACCGUUAAGAAUGUGUACCUCUGUGUAACUUGUGUGUCGUCGUUGUCGUGUGCAUAUUUAUAUUGUGCCUUUAACCAUCAUCUGUACGCAUAAUCUCAAAGGGAAAAUACGUUUCGUUUGAUACAUGUAUCACUGCGUUAUUACAUUAUCCAAAGUGUUAUUAUUUUACUUUUUCUCUUUUUAUUUUGUUGUUUUUUUUUUCUACUUUUUAAAGAUUUUCUUUUCUUACUCAGACUUUGUUUUCGAUGAUUGUUCUGUCUGCACUGUAAUUGAAAAGGUCUCCUAGAAAUAGAAAUAGUCCAUCGUUUGGUGGGAAACGCUCAGUUUUAGACGGUUUAAUGGUCACUUCGCUCAGUUUGGAGCCAUUUGAAAUCUCAACAAUCCACUUUAUAUCUGUAUGGAAAUAUAUAGAGAGAGAGAUAGAUAUCAGGCGUUCUCCUCUUUUGAAAAGGAGACGUGUUGUUGCUGUGAAAUGCUUGGCAUCGCUUAGAGACAAUCACAAUUUUUCAAAGCAGCUUCGACAAAGUGCGCUUUCUUUUUAUUUCUUUUUUUUUUGGGGUUGUUCAGUGUUGUGUGUUACCUAAAUCCAAAAAGAAUUAUUAUUUUUUAUUUUAUCCAACGUAUUUGAGAAAACUGAGAACUUUUCAGCUUAUUGAAUGUUUUAUUUCUUUACCUGCAUGUCUGUUUUCUUUGAAGUAAACAACCCACAUGUCCGCUGGGGGGAAAAAGGAAAAAAAAAAAAAAAAAAACUACCAUAUUUAAAUGUUUAAAUU